UAUUCUUUGAAUUGCCCGAGACGGAUAUAGGCGAGCCAUCGCAGCUGUAUGACUCUCGUUACUCUCCCUAUCUUCUAUUUAUCAAUCGGCAAUUCGAGGUUGGCGUCGCCUAAAUCAACAAAAUUUGAAGGAUCGAGGUCGUUUCUUUCUUCAAAACCCUUAAAUCGUCGUCUGUAACGGCCGCUAUUUUGGCCGCGAUAUCGUUACCACAUAUCGGCGGCCGCCACUGCGCCGCUAUUUUAUUCCUUGCUAUGGAACGCUCUGGUGGAAUGGACCCCAAGGAACUCUUGCUGGAUUACCUUCACAAAAAAUUCCCGCAAGAUGGAUCCCGCGUUUCUGAGGACGAUGUUGAAGAUUCCUCGGUUUCAAGGAAUGACAUGAUGUCAGAAUCUUCUUACAGAACAACGAUGCUGGUUGCAGACACCGAGAUUGGUACAGUUACGACUGAUCCCAGCAGGAGGCCAUUUAUCAAUUUUCGCAGUUGUUCCUGGUUUUCUAGAGAUUCAGAUGUUUUGACUGAAAUACUACGAAGCUGCGAUAUAUGUGUGAGCGAGCAAUUCUUGGGGAGGCAUGUUCCAGCAACAGUAACUGCUACAUCUCAAGGCUCUUUUUCGGAUGAAAUAUGGUUGGUUGGCUUCAGGAUGGGAUCUCAUCAUUGCAUUGUGGUCCAAGUUCAGUUGCACCCCACUGACAUUCACUUUAAAUUAUAUUGUUUCAAAGGAUAUAUCAAAGAAGCGCGCCAAUCUCAUAGCAAGCAUACCCAGCUGCUAAUAGAGCUACCACCCAGUUGUUCACUUUAUGAUGUUAAAGAAAUGGUUCUACCGGCACCUUCGGAAGGCGAUCUUAACCAGCGCUUGAAAGCAUUGUUUAAGGAAAAAAGGGUUGCCGUUAUUGUCCAUGAUUCCGAGCAAAUUAGGGAAAUGAGGCUACUGGUAGGCUGGAGCUACAGACCUGUCCUUGUUACAAUAGAAGACAGAAUAAUUUCAUCAGUCAUCUCAAGCAGCCUAUACUGGCCUACCACGUCUUCGUCUGUCUCCUCAAGCAGCCAAUACUGGACAAAUCUCUUUGGCAAGACAAGCUCACUAGUAGGAAGACUUUGGGACAAGGCGAGAGCAAAAUUUGGCACAAUUGGCCUAUUUGCUGCAAAUCCAAGGCCCCAUCUUUUGAGAGAAGAAUCUAAACUUCCUAAGGAGCCGCCUGAAAAACUCACUAUUCCGAAAGAUCAAAUAACAGUACUUGUGAAAGAUGAAGCUACUCAUAUGGAAGAUGUAAAUAUAGAUUCAGAAGCAUCAGCAACCGAAUAUGAAGUAAUGCUGAGCUGCCAUGGUGGUGGCGAAUUUAUUGAUUGCCUUCAACGAAAUAUGCUCAAGGCUGGAAUCAGUGUGUUCAUUGAUGACAAGAAGCUCCAUGAAUCUGGAGCGAUAGGACAUGACCUUCCAGCAACUCCUAGCAACUUCAAAAUCUAUAUACCUAUCUUCUCCGAAGGUUAUGCUUCUAGUGCACGGUGCCUCUCUGAACUUAAACACAUGGUUGAUUUAAGGACAAGAUUCAAUAGUAGACUGGAGAUCCUGCCCAUCUUCUAUGACGUGGAGCCUGCUGAUGUUGGACUCAAGACAGAAUUGUACACUGCUGCUCUAAAGCAACACAAGAGGAACUUAACUUAUGAGUUAGUCCAGCUGUGGGAAGGAGCUCUUAAAGAGGUGGCUGGAAUCAAAGGAUGGGAGCUAAGACAUAAAGAUUAUAUCAAAUUAUGUAGACUGAUUGUUGGAGGAGUUCUUAACAAGCUGAAGGUAAAACAUAAGGGUCCCUAUCUAGUUGGAGUGCAAGAUCAAGUGGAGAGCAUCAAGAAUUUGAUAGACAUCGAGUCUAGAGGUGUAUCCUUUGUUGCUAUCCACGGAAAGGACGGGAUUGGCAAGACGACUCUUGCAAAGGUUGUCUUCGACCAAAUGUUGAGUAAUUUUGACGGAUCAAGCUUUCUAUCGGACGUUCAAGAAUCAUCAAAACAUGAAGGCCUCGAGUAUUUGCAAGACCAGCUAUUCAGGGACAUUCUUAACAAAAGUGGUGGGACUAAGAAAAUUAGAGAGAGAUUUCGUAAGAUGAAAGUUCUCAUAGUCCUUGAUGAUGUUGAUGAGAGGGAUCAAAUAAAGAAAUUAGCUGGAAAGUCUAGCUGGUAUGGAUCUGGAAGUAGGGUCAUCGUUACAACUAGAAACAUAAACGUCGUGGCAGUUAAGCAGGACGAAUUUGAUAAAGUUCUAGCUUUUGAAGUGCCAGCAAUGAAUCAAGAUAAAGCUCUUCAACUGUUUUGCAUGCAUGCCUUUGGAAGCGAUGCUCCUCCACAGGACUACUAUGGUCUUUCAAAGCAGAUUGUUGAUCAUAUCGGUGGACUUCCUUUAGCAUUGGAGAUCUUGGGCUCAUCUCUCAAUCGCAAAUGUCAAGAAGUAUGGGGAGAUAUGCUGAAGAAGUUGGAGAAAAUACCUUAUCAUGGCAUCCAUGACAAAUUGAUGCUAAGCUAUGAAGCUCUGGACAGUGAGACCAGACAAAUAUUUCUCGAUAUUGCAUUGUUUUUUGUUGGUAUGGAGAAAGCUAGCCCCGUUUACAUGUGGGAUGCUUGUGAUUUCUUUCCAGAGAUGCAACUUGAAAUCCUUGGCUUCAUGUGUUUGCUAAAAACUGUAGACAGGGAUAAGUUUUGGAUGCAUGAGCUUGUUAGAGAUCUUGGAAAGGAACUUGUUCGCCGAAAUGACAGUAGGUUGUGGAUGUACCAGGAAGUCCUAGACAUGUUGAAGACAGAAGAGGGUGAAGAGAAUAUUGAAGCUCGUGGUAUAUGCUAUGAUCAAUCUCUGUGGGACUGCACCUCUACCAAUGAAUUGAAAAGUGAGAAUAGUUUGACGUUUCUCGAAUUGCAUGGAGGGACCUUCAAAGGAGAAUUCAAGUGCUCUCUUUCAAACUUGAAAUGGCUUUCUUGGCAUUCCUGCCCAGUGGACCUAAAGGUAGCGAGCUUACGUUUAAACGACUUAGUGGUUCUCGACCUCUCAAGGAGUUCCAUUAGCUAUGAGUGGGAAGGAUGGAGCCUAAUUGAGAUGGCAAAAAAGUUGAAAGUUCUGAAUCUGACAAGUUGCAAAAACUUGAUCAAAACCCCUGAUUUCUCAAACCUCAUGUCUUUGGAGAGACUCAUCCUGGAAGAUUGCGAAGCACUGGCUGAAAUUGACGCCUCCAUUGGAAAGGUACAAUGUCUCAAGUACUUGAAUAUCAGGGGAUGCAAUUCUCUGACAAAUUUGCCAGAAGAACUAUGUAAUCAGAUACAUCUGGAAAAGAUUGUCAUGAGAGGGGAUGGUCAGCUUUUCGAGUUGCCUGCAGGAAUUGGACUUCUAACGUCCUUGUCUACUCUGGAAGUGGUCAAUGUUAAAUUCCUAGAGGGUACAAGGCCAACCGGAGUAUUAAAGCAAUUUGAGUCUCUUUCUAAUUUAAGUGAUUUUCUUGGACUCAAGGAACUCCCUGACUCACUUGGAGAUCUAGAGUCACUGCAAGAGUUGGAUCUGUCGAAGGUGAAAGUUGCGGAAUUGCCAAACUCCAUUGGAAACUUGAGGAAGUUAAAAGUGAUAAAGAUGGAAUCUAGUUCGAUAAGUAUGUUACCCAGCUCCAUUGGAGGAUUGGAGAAUCUUGAAGAAUUAUAUGCCAGAAACUGCAAUAACUUGCAUGGACCGAUCCCUGCUAAAAUUGGGAGAUUGACCUUCUUGCGAAUUCUAGAUCUGUCGUUUACGAGUAUCAGUUCAUUGCCACAUACAAUUAAUGAGCUGUUAUGCUUGGAAAAACUUCAUUUAGAAUCCUGCAAUGAUCUUGAAGAAUUGCCAGAGCUUCCCAAAAGUCUGGUUAGUUUGCAUGUCAAAUCUCGGAAGCUACAGAAAUUCCCGAGUCUUUCAGAGUUGAAAAGUCUUGUCCAUCUGCAAUUGUUUCUUGAUGUUGGGAAGCAUUGGGACCAACUAUCAGAUUUCCACGUCGAUUGGAGCUCAGAGCUGUCCAAGUUGGAGACAUUGGAAUUAUGCAUUCCGAACGUCACUGCCUCAUUGAAAGAGUUCAGUCCUAUGUCUAAUUUAUCAAGAUUGUGUCUUUCCCAUGUUGUGCUUGAUGAUGUAGUGCCGCAUCUUCGCAACUUGGAAAAGCUGUCAUAUUUAGAUGUUGUUAAUUGUUCGAUGAAAGAUGAUGGUCUCGGAGGUCCUCAGGUUGCAGAAUUUAAAUCACUGGAGCAUCUCUCUGCACAUAAAUGCAACUUCGUUAACAUGAAUGUGCUGCUUUCGAAAAAAUUGAGAAUGUUGAGCAUAAAGGACUGCCACUUGCUCAAUGGUUCGCUUGAUCUGUCAGAAUUGAGGAAUCUCUUAGUUUUGGAGCUGACAAACUGCGAGGAAGUAAGCGAGGUUCGAGGUCUCGGAGAAAUAGAGUCCUUGGAGGAUGCAGUCAUCCACAACUGUGAUCUCUUGCAAACGUUGGGUGAUCUAUCGAAGCUGCAAAGGCUCGAAUUGCUCAAAGUACACUCUUGCGACAAUCUCAAAACCAUUGAGGGUCUCCUGCAAAUAAAAUCUUUGAAGUUCGUGGAAAUCUAUAACUGCAGAUGCUUGGGAGAUUUGCAUGACAAAUCAAAGUCCAAGAAGCAGAAACACAAACGCCAGAUUAAAACAUGAGGUUGGUCCUUGUCCUUCUCAGUGCACUUUGCAGGGAGAUGGAUCUACUCUGAUUUGGUUCCCCUUCUGUAUAUUACGAGAAGCUUGCUUUGGUUCAUAAGUAUGAUGAUGUGCGCAUUUUGUCUGCCUCUCGUAGGGACUCAGUAGAUUCUGGCAUCUCAUUUUGGUUUAAAAACAUGCACAGAUUCCUCAUAUCAGGAUCGCAGCAGAGUCAUGUCAAAGAACUGGGCAGUUAUUCAUACGAGCAAUGACAAUGCCAUACGAGCAAUGACAAUGCCAUGUCCCUGGAAUUUAUCUCGAGAUUCAGGAUCCACCACACAAUGAGGAGUUGCUGCAACUUUCUGGUGUUAGUUAUGCCUCUUUGUUGUGAAAAGAUUAUUCUCCCUUGGCCCAUCACAAGCCGGUGCAACCCUACGAAUUGUUUUGGUGCCGGACUUCGAAGUAGAAGUGUGUUUGAUAAAACACUAAAACCCUAAAAUCCAAAAUGUUUGAUAACGAUUGUAAAUUUAUCUGAACGAGUUCGAGUUCGAGCCCACCGUAUAAAAACAAGCAAGGCUAGCGAGUGAUCACUCCAUCAGGCAAGGCUUUCUCAGGCCGAUCUGUUCGAUAA